AUAUUUCCUUGAAAAUGCCCAGUAAUGCAGUUUAUUGCCCUUUGGCAUAUUGCAGAGCUGAGCUUCCAGCAGGCUGAGGUAGACUCCUUCAUGUGGAGUUAAUAGCAUGAAAUGCUUCUGUGUUGUUUUUGAGCAAAUGGUGAGGGGACUUUUCAGCUGGAGCGUGCAAAUCUAAGAUGUAAAUGUGCAUCCUAUCCCCUUUGCAAGCUGAACCUCUGGAGACAGCCUCUGGCUUAUCACAGAGCAGGCAGAAAGGUCUAUCAGAAAAUAUAUUCCAUUACUUCUGUUCCCACUAGUUCUUCUUCAGAUAGUCACUUUAACCAAAGUGGUUGGCCUCCUUCAAUGAAAACCCUGCAGCUUUUAGCACUAGAAAGAAUAAUUCUUAAUACUGUAAACUAAGGCAUGAAAACUACGGUUCUAUUUAUAGCUCUGAUUUCCUCUAAAUAGAUCAGAGGCUAAACAUGACAUUAUGGAGUGGAAAGAUAAAGUUAUUUAUAUUUUUUCCCCAUGGUGCUAUUCAGCAAUAGAGCAUACAAAGAAGAGACUGCUGUGGCAACCACCUCAUGAACCAACCUGUCUAGAAAGGUCGUCAAGCAUCUUCAACUGUAGAAUGCGAUUUUAACGUGUGUAUAUAUAUAAAGGGAAAGCACACAAACGUAUUAGUAGUCCCAGUAACUUGUAGUUAGCGUUCUGCAGUCUCAUGCCACAAGCAGAGGGAAAAGUGUAGGGGCAUUGAAUCUAAAGCAGGCAGGAGCCAGGUGUUCAGGUAAGUUCACCAACUGUGCCAGCUCUGCUGUCACAAGAAAUGCUCUCACAUCUAUACAUACAAGGCUGCAGAGAAGUCUUUGCAAGCCAAGCACUCAGCUUCAUAACCCUGCCUUGUUCAGCACUAAGCAGCACUACCUGCACUGUUGCUCAGACUUUUUUGUAUGCUUUCUUUAUACCCUGACAGGACCCUCUGCUGCUGUACUGUGAGGGCAGCCAGUAUUUGCUACUUACUUCAGGGGGGUGUAUCUUGUUAUUAUUGCAUGGAUUGUAUAAUUGAGGCAAGGUAUGAAAAUGUCAGCUCUGGACAUGACUCACCUGAAAAAAAAAACUGAAAUGUGCUGGAAAAAUUAAUAAUAGAUCUAUCAAAGCCCUUGAGAGAAAAGCUUCCUCAGCUCUUUUCUCACCAAAAUGUGCUGAUUUCCCUAAUUGCAUCUCAAUUAAGCAAAUCAUACAUCUCAGCAGCAGAACUUGUCCAAGAUUAUAUUUUUUUUUCCCAGGAUUAGUUAUCCAAUGAAUAUUAAAAGCGUAUUUUUAGUAGUGGAAGCUGGAAAGGCUGAAGACGUAGUUAACCUUAUGCUUCAGAUUUUAAGCAGUUUAAUUGCAUAUAAGGAGACCUUAGAGGAUACAGGCUGGUAUCCUGUGUUCCCUGUAGUAAAUUUUUGCUGUUCAGUGGGGUGGGCACCUUGCCAGUAAGGAGGGUAGACUGCCUUCUUUUCAGGUGGUUCCUGUUGCUGCUGAUGGUUUGUCUGCACUCCUAGAAGAGCUAGAGCUACCCUAGUUAUCUUUAGUUUGGCAUUGUCCAAACAGAGAUAGCAAUUUGUCUGCAUCACACAGGGUUCAGCAUGGGCUAAUUUCCCCUCUUUUUGCAUAUUUCUCUUUAACAAGAAAAGCUUACCAUCACCUACACAGCUUCUUCAGAUGAAAAGCCAAAUGUGGAGCGAGUCUGCCCCAUGGCAUAGCAUAACUGGGCAGCUUGGCCCUGGCCCUUGCCUCCAGCUUGGGGUGUGUGUGGUUCUGCUGCUCCUUUCUGCCAGAUCUCAUCUACCUCCACUGGCAUGGAGGUCAAAGCCACCUCUACCCAGGCUCCUCCAAGGACACAGGGACAUUGUCAUUUUCUGGCCCACCAUCCAUGAUUUGAUUGCAAAGAGAAACUGAACAUUUUCUAGUCUCUAAGGAUAUUUAAUCUGGAAAUCUUCCUCAAGUUAUUCAGCCUGUCCAUGACCAGGAUGAGCUCUCUGUUAACCCUGUCAGUAUGCACCCUGAAAACUGAUUUGAUUUCAAGUAGUUCCCACUCCGGAGACCACUCUGAAGUGUGAGACCAGAGCUUUAGUUCGGCAAGAACAGUAAUCAAAGGCAUAGGGGAUAUUGUAAUACAUGGUAUGAGGACACAUUUUUUAACCUGUUGUGCAAGUUCAUCGUUUCUCUUCCAAUAGCACAAGGAAAACAGAAAGUCUCACCAAGUCUCACAUGUUUGAGCUGAGUUCUGUGUCUCUUUUACACACUGCUUAUUUUAAACAUAAAAGAUUUGUGCAGCUGUUUUUUUCAAGAUGUUAUACUGGCAGCUUUCUGUGUGGUUUACAAGUUGUUUUGGAAAUAUUCUGCUAGGUUAUAGUGGUUAUUUUUAAAAAGCUUUGUGUUUAGCAUCCUGAAGAGUUACCUUCCUGUUCUCCUUGCAAACAUUUUCAUUUUCAGCCUUUAAACCAAUGGGACUGCAGGGGAAGCCUUUCGGAAGUAAUCUGUCUGGAUCUUGUGAGCUUUGUUAAUCCUCACUUUGUUUUUUUUCUCCUUAUUUUUCACUCCUAACAUGCAGAAUAAAUAAUGUUCAUGUAAUCAUAGCUAGAGACUAUGCAUGCUGUUCUAAGACAAUGUCCUACCCUCCUCUGCUUGGUACCUAGAACAUAGCUCAAAAAAGCUUGCUUGUUUUAAAAGAGCAGCUCUAAAUCUGUACCCAUAAUACUAGUGCACAGGGUCUGCAACAUGAAGGUGUUAAAAAGCUUAGUAAACAAGUAUUUAGGCUUGUAAAUGAUGUAAAUAAGAGGUGCUUACAGUAAUUUGAGGGCAGCAAGGACCCUGAGAGUCAAUAAGAAUACAAUCUACCUCACCGAAUACUUUAAUCUGAAGAUCAUCUUCAACCAGACUGGCAUUUAGACAGCAUUGCUGCCCUUGGAAACAGAGAUACCAUCUUUCCUUCUAUUGCCUGCCCAUCUGAUGUCAUCCAUUUCAGAGCCCCUUUCUUCAUCCCAAACCUUUGAAAGUGAGGUCUUUCGCCUCCCUUCCUGGAAGUCUCUCAUGCAGAAUGUGGUUCUGGUUCAGAUGACUUCCUUUAAAAUGUUUAGAAAACUUCCUUUUUCUAUAUGAUUAACCUCAGCUUUAAAGUACUUCAUCAUGACGUAUCUCAGAGCCAGAGAAAUAAACUUUUCACCACGGUAAGUGGGGAAAAAAAUGGUGCUUGAUAAAAUGCAUACAUACUGUAACAUGUGCUUUUGUCAAGAUUAUCUAUACAGCAUCAAAAGCCCCAGAAUUUCAGACAGUAGUGUCCUUCAAGGACUCUGCAAGGCUACAUCUACAACUCUGGGUAAUCUCAUGCUGCCAUCUAGUCAUGGGAAGCAGUCCUGGAUCUUCCCAGUCUCUGGCUGAAGGAACACUGCAAACCAGGAAUGAAAUUUCUACCAUCUUCAAGAAGCUAAUUUGAGCACUGCAGAAGAAACACGAAGUGAAGACCUGACAAGUAAGGCAAGUGCUUUGAAUCUUGACAGCCAUUCACCAGAUAGAUUGCACCAUGCUCUUAAUCCCUGACAGGAUGGGCAGUGCCCUGGGCCUGUUCACCAUAAGUACUUGUAAGCAAAGAACUGGUGAGCUGUGGCACUGUUCUUCUAGCAGAGCUAGCUAUUCUUGAAGUGCCCUUGAGGGUCUGAAAUAUGCUCUCAGCUCCUGCUGAAAUACAUUUCACAAUAAGGAGGAAACAGCUAAAAGGCCGUAGCGCAUUUCUGCUCAAAGAUCCUGCAACCAGAGACAAUAAGUCUAGACAGCAGCAGCAGUUUAUGCUGAACUGAAGGCAUAAAAUCCAGGUGUGCACCGAGGUACUGCCCCUAUGCUUGGGAGAAUAUGGAUGAGUCAAAGCAUGAUGCAGCCAAGACCCCUGUGGCUGUGAAAUGUGAGGACAGUCCAUUUUCUUAGCAAUAGUAUGCAGUGAAACUGUGCACUUUGCAAAGCAUCCCCUUCACUCCAUUCAGCUUUGGUGUGAGAAAACUGUGGAGGCCUGCAUUUCACACCUUCUUUUUUUUGGCACUGCAUAUUCAAAAUUUCAUUCUGCUUCAUACAGUUAUAUCUUGUGAGGAACAAAGUUGAAAGGCAGAUUGUUCUUAGACUCUAGACCCAAGCUCAUUAACACUUUAUUAUUUUCAUAAUUCAUUAGCUUCACUUUCACAGGAACUGCCACCAGCAGUGAGUUUUUUCAUCAUGGCCAAAAUAGAUUAAACUCUGUAGGAUACCAUAACAUUGUAAUCCUAUGAGAAAGCAUCAGUUGGAUGCACAACAGAAGACUCUGGAAGAAGUCCAAAACAGCGAAGUUUCUGCUCUUUCUUGUUGAGGAAAAAAAAAAAGAAAACACAGCAAGACAGAAAAACAGCCAACAGCUUCAUGAAGGAGUCACUAGGAAAGACAAGAAAGACAAAUUAGGUCUGGGUUGCACAAGACAGUCUAGAACUGUGUAAUAGAGAAAAGAAUGCAUCUUAGACAUGGAAAAAAUGAAAGAAGCAGUGAAGAUGAAAAGGCCUUGAAACAGAUAAAUAUUGACAGUGCCUUCAAGAAAACAGAUCACAUGGUACCUACGAGAAAGUCUUCAAAAAGUAAAACAAGAAGCAGUGUCAGGGACACAUAAAGGAACUUGCAGACAGAGCUGUUGCAGAAAGACAUCAUGAACACCGUAACUUCUGCCAAUGUAAUCUAAAUGUUCUGCCCUCUAGCUAAAACUCUUUCACUUAAUACCACCACCACCUAGUGCAUGAAUAAGAGACAGAAGGUCUCAGGGUGCCAGAGAAAUGAUGUGAAGUUGUUAUGUCAUGCUUUAUUUCAGUAAAGCAAGACAGUUCUGCAAGCAGGGUAUGUGCAUCUGCUCCUGCCACCAGCCAUGUUUAUGACUUACCCUGGAGGCACAGGAACAUCAGAGUCUGGAAAGAUGGUUGGUACCCUCUGCCUUGGAGUGAUCCUGUGUUUCCAGAAAGAGGAGAAGGGUUGAAGGCAGCAGGACAAGCAGGAAAGCCAGCCAGAGUUGUUUGUUGCCAAGUCAGUGCAAGGCAUGACAUGGCAACAAGGGCAUCAAGCAAGGGACAUCAAAGGAAACACCAGUGAAAGGUAUGGUUAAAAGACUGUGGAGUUAUCAUCUUAAAUUUUAGAAGAGUGAUUAAAAUAUGGAAUCACUCCCAUGAUAGCAAAUCUCUCAGUUUCCAGAAUCUGGAAAAAUAAGAGAUAGAUCUCAAGCACAUGGAGGCAAGACUUUAGAGAUGGUUGUGUUCUCAGCAGUCCCAUGUCAGCACAUGUCAACACAACUGCUGUUAAAUAUGGAACUCAAAUCUUUGAAUUCAGAUGCCUCUGAAGGGUUACACAGAAAUCAAAAGCAGUGAAUGGGACUCUAAGAGCUCCAUUAGAGAAGAAGAAACAGAGGUAAUUGGGUCCCAUGAGCCUGCAUAAGCAGUAAGAAGAGAGGAAAUUGUCCAUGUGACCAGAACAACGGGACUUGCAAAUGCAAAUCUGCAGGGAAAAAUCAAAGGGAAGAGGAAGGCAGAAUGCCCAGGGACAGUAUGACUCAAAAACAUCAUCAUCUCAACAGAGAAAUGAUGGGGAGCUAACGAGAAAAAUAAACUUGUGGACAAAUUCUAGUCAGUGCAAAAAGGUGACAUUCUAAAGAGUAUGCUGGUGAAGUGAAAGGAAAGAUGAAUCAGUCACAACUAUUUAUAGCAGUUCAUAACCUGGCUUUGUCCUGCUUACUUACUGAGUAAGCAAAGGGCAGAAAACAGAGCGCAGUCAACAAAGAACCAUUAAUGUAUGCUAUUAAUGCUUUCAUCACCCCCAAGAUGUUACCAUUGUCAUAACUUUGUUUUUGCCUACUCAAAACUGAACACUCAUCUCCAUAUUUCAUCUUUGUUUUCCUGGAGGUGACUUCUUUCAGUGUGCUUCUAAGUAGGUAGAAUUUAAAAUCCCUUGACAAGGGCUGGAGCAUCUCUCCUCUGAAGAAAGACUGAGGGAGCUGGGCUUGUUUAGCUUGAAGAAGAAAAGACUCUGGGGAGACCUCAUUGAGACAUUCCAGUACUUGAUGAGAGCUUAUAAGCAGAAAGUCCUGUAUCUAGAAGGAUCUGUCCUUGUAUUCGAGGAUGUCUUCAAGCUGGUUGCCUUCUACUGUGUCAGUAGGGAUUUGCUACCCUUCACCCUGAAGCUACCACAAGCAAUAUUAGAAGCUCGUAGCUUUCAAGAUCUUGAAAUUAUCUCUAGUCUGGGGAUAGACUUUUGGGAUUCCUCUUUAAACCACAGAACGAGCACAGAGGCGUUAUCCCACCCUGCAACAGACUCUGCCCUCAGCACGGUCCAGGCAGACGGUUUGAGAUCUACGCAGUGUGUCGCAAGUAGCACAAACCACUGCUCAUGUGAAAUUGAGCUGUCAAUAGGAAAUGACAGGCUGUGGUUCGUGAAUCCUAUUUUUAUAGAAGAGUGCAGUAAUCCUUUUCCUCCAGACUCACCUCCUCCCAAGGGCCAUGCUGUGUGUUCCAGCCUGCCCGCUGCCACCACCACAUCACCCCGCCGCCCCCCACCGCCCCCUCCACAUUCUCACGGGCAGAAGAAGUCUACCCUGAAGCUCCCACGGGAACCCAUGACGGCCUGUGAAGAAGCACAGCUUCUUCAGCCACUGGGCAAGAGCAUCAAGGAAAUGAAAACCGUGGGCGGUGAUGGUGAGGAAGGGAAGCAAAGCUGCUCUGACAAGGAGCCAUCAGCCGGCAGCCUCAAGAAGGGCCCCCAGCCUGCUGUGCCCCCGCGGAGGCGGCCAUCUGAGAGGGCUGCAGAGGAGAACUGCACGGGUAAGCCUGCAAGUUGUGAAACACCAAAAAGGGAACAGGCUGAAGAAAAACAAGAGCUGGAUACACAGAGCGAAGGUAAAAGGCUGUCGUGCAGGAAGGCUGCAGAAAUGCCUGGAGAGGUUCCUGAGCAGGCUGUGUCACAGUUUCAGGAGGCAAAGCCCGAACCUGCAGAGAAGCAGUCCAUGCCUGAGGUACAAAGUGAUGCCACUGAGAAAGGAAAGUUGCCUCCUAUCCCACCACCCAGAAGGAAGAGGCUUUCCCAGGCACCGCGGGUCCUCAGCUCCUGCCAGUCAAAUCACAUAACAGUGGUGGAGCAGCCUGCAGCCACAGCUCAAGCUCAGGGCACGGGCAGCUCAGCAUCAGCAGCAGGCGCUGCCACUGGCACCAAUGCUGAGACCGAACAGGGAUGUGGCCACAAGUCUGUGAACUCAGCUGAACUGAAGGGCUCACACUUGUCCCUGGAAGGCCUGGGAGGCAGUGCUGCAGCCCAGACAUCAGCAUCUGAACCAGACUCCUACUCCACCAGCAGCACUGAGGAUGACCUGGAGAUGCUGGGUACUUUGUCUACUAAAAAGACACGCUCCAUGAUCUUGGGCAAGGCCAAGAACAGGCUGUCUUUUGUCAGCCUGUCCAACGUCUUCACAGUCUUUUUGUCUAAUGAUAGAAAGCUGCAGAAGAAGAUAGUGGAGCUGGCACAGGAUAAGGACUCAUACUUUGGCAACCUGGUGCAAGACUACAGAGUGUACAGUCUGGAGAUGAUGGCAAAGCAGAGCUCCAGCACAGAGAUGUUACAAGAAAUCCGAAUGAUGAUGACACAGCUGAAGAGUUACCUAGUACAGAGCACCGAGCUGAAAUCUCUGAUAGAUCCAGCUGCCUACACUGACGAGCAAUUAGAUGUGAUUGCUGAGACAGCUUUGUACAAAUGUGUCCUGAAACCUUUAAAAGAAGCCAUCAAUUCUUACUUAAAAGAAAUCCACAACAAAGAUGGAUCUUUACAGCAGCUAAAAGAGAACCAGCUUGUGAUACAAAACACAACUACCACUGACCUAGGUGUAACGACCAGUGUACCUGAAAAUGUUGUGCUGGACAAGAUCCUUCACAAGUUCUCAACCAUGCACAAGGCCUACUCCCCAGAAAAGAAGAUUGGCAUCUUACUGAAGUCCUGCAAACUCAUCUAUGACUCCAUGUCUCAGGGAAACCCAGGGAAGCCUUAUGGUGCUGAUGACUUCCUCCCUGUGCUCAUGUAUGUGUUGGCUCGCAGCAACCUGACUGAAGUCCUUCUGAAUGUAGAGUAUAUGAUGGAGCUCAUGGACCCUGCUCUGCAGCUAGGUGAAGGCUCCUAUUAUUUAACCACCACCUACGGAGCCCUGGAACACAUCAAGAACUACGACAAAAUCACUGUCACACGGCAGCUGAGCGUGGAGGUGCAGGACUCCAUUCACCGCUGGGAGCGGCGGAGGACGCUGAACAAGGCCCGGGCUUCUCGCUCGUCGGUGCAGGACUUCAUCUCCAUUUCCUUCCUGGAGAUUGGUGCUCAGUCAAGGACACUUGCCUCACGGAAUGACACCACAACUGAGCAGCUGUGCCAGCAGUGUGCCGAAAAGUUUGAAGUCUCCCAUCCCAAGAUCUAUAGACUCUUCGUUUAUGUCGAUGGCCAGUGGCUGCAGCUGGACAAAGAGGCCCUCCCUCACCGUAUCAAAGCCUCACUACUGAAGAGCGAAAACAAAAAAGAUUUCCAUUUUAUUUAUAAACCAAUAGAGUACAAAAAUCCACCAGUUCCAAUUGUCAGAGAGACUGACUUUUCCUAAAGGUCAUGCUACUCUUUUGUUGAGUUUGCUGUCAUCCUGGAAGGGCUGGAUAGCUUAUUUUGUGAGAUCCUCUGGUAGCUGCGGAUCUUAGGUCAUUGGAGCUUGACCUUCACCACAGGGCAGCUGUGCUAAUUGUAGAUGCUGUCUGAAUAUAGGCAUUUCUCAGUGAAGUUCAAAAAGGAGCAUUCAGGAGAACAUUAUCCUUUGGAAAACUUGAAGUAUCAAACCACAGAACCUCCCGCUGGCAAUGCCCACAUUGCAGAAUGUAAAUAGGCAGAGAAUGAUCUCAGAGAUCUUGUGGAAAAGCGGACAUUUACUCCAUCAUAAGUGAUGGCAGGUGCACCUCAGUGCUCAAGGCCUUGGAAUGGUCUGCACACACCUCAGUGCUGUUAGGAGGUAAGACUACAUUUACACCUACAUCUGUCAACUCAGUUUGAUUUAAAAAAGUACUGGCUGAUGUAUACAGUGGCACAGGAUUGCCAGCUAUAGCAGAACUCCAUCUCUGUCUUGGUGUCUGUAACACAAAAUAGCCUUUGAAAUCCAAAUAUUCACCAGUCAUGCAAGAAGAUUCAAUACAUUGACAAAGAAAAUAUUUUCUGCCAUUUAUUUGUCACUAAAGCCAGGUGACAUAGGUGUUUUCAUCAAUGUAUUUUUCUUAAAGAUUGGAAGUGUUCACCAUCAAUGUACAGCUGUUUAAAUGACAAUAGUUGUAUGAUAGUGUCUGUUUAAUUGUAUAUUUAUUUCUAUGUGUGAUAUGGUGCAAUUGUUUUAAAAUAAGAAUUUGUAAAGAACUUAAUAAUUUUCCCAAUGUAGCAAAGUAGAUUAAAAUUUUAAGUCAAAGAGCAAGAAUAAAAUACUGGUCUCUUUUUACCCAGCUGUGAUUUUCUCUAGUGUUUUCAUAUCUGCAUGUCCUGCCAGAUUGUUACUUCAAUCAGUUCAGACAUUUGAGACAGAAUUUGCUAAUUCUUCUCGCUCUCUACCUCUACUUUCAGUCACUGCAAAUUUAAAUUUCCCUGCAACCUGAAUUUCCAUAAAAUAAACACUGGAAAAAAUGCAUUCUGUGAAUUAGCAAGCAACUUUUCAGUAUUGGAUAAUGACAGCAGAGCCUUAAUUGCAAAACAGAUCUUUGUCUUCUGGGUGCCUUCCUUCAGGCAAGAUUCCACUGCCAGUGUAGCUUCCACUGCAGAGACAAACAUGGGAUCAGGCCUAGCAAAGCUGCAGACUAGACUCUAGACUAGAAAGGCGGUCAUGUUUUACUGUGGGUUUUGCUCAAAGCUGCUGUUGUUUCCUCUCAUUAACAUUCAGAAACAGAACUGGGACAUGUCGGACCAAGUUGCUUGAGGUCCCUGCUCUAUGUCUGAACUCCAAAUGGAAAAUGACAUUGCAUGUGGCUGGUCAUGCUCUCAGUCUUCGUGGCUUGAAAUGUCCAUGUCCAUGUGCAUGAGCCAUCGUGUGCAAUGGCCAAAUGUGCAUUACGAUGCCAGACCAUCUGUGCAUCUGCCAGCCUGGGCUGCAUGCAUAUGUUGUUGGGAAGGGAUGACAAUGAAGAAUGAGGAACAGUGAAUAGCAGCAGUCUCAGUUUUGAGGCAUCACAUGCAGAGCUUGUGCUGGCAUGACACCAGCAGGGAACUGACUCCACAUUUCUGGUUAUUCGGUCAUUUAUACUCAUGUGCAGCUGUCAGCACUCCUGCCAUCCCCCAGGGCUGCAUACCUGCAGGGUCCUGUGCUGAACCCAAGGAAUUAAGCUAGGACUGAUCUUCUGCUGGAUAUUUCUGGGGAGAGACUGGACUUGGCAGCAGACAGGAAUGAGCAACAGAGUUAUGCAAAGAAGAGCCCCAGGCACCUGACAACACCUUGGGGAGAGGCCAUCAGCUGCAGGCCCUGGGGCGAGGGCACACCACAAGUUUUAUGGCUGGGCAACCAAGCACGAGGAAACUCUGCUGGUGCAAAACCACCGUAAGACAAACAGGCCUGAAGUCAGAACUGCCAGAGAGAACAGGAGAGGAAGGAGAGAGGGAAGAAUCAAGCUUUUACAAAAGCCCUCAAAUUGCACCUGCAAAACUUUCAUCUGGCAUUACAGCUGAAAAAGUCAAAGUAGAUUUACAAAGACGUCCAUGGACUACUCCCCUCUCCUCUGAAUUCAAGGGAUUAAUCUCUUUAAUGCAAGUUACUGUGCCUGGCAGUGAGCUGCCUGGAUGGAAAUCCCCAUGCUGGAACUCAGAGCUGAGGAGGAUCUCCCUCAGAAACCAUGGGGCACCUGGCCUGGUUGAGCAUAUCACGUAGAGCAGGUCAGCAUGUCCUCCCUCUGGCUACUGGUACCUGGAAUCUCUCAGCACUUUGAACUGGUGUCUGACAUUCAAACAGUAAGAAAAAAAAAUGUUACAGAUGAAAUUAUCACUUUUAAAUACUCCUUAGGACUUUGUUCAUUGGCUUUGUCAUGAGGUAUUGUCACGCUACAGACCAACCAGUUAAAGAGGUACAGUCAGUCUGGAGAUCUGUGGCCUCUUCUGGUUAGUCAAGGCGGUCACACCGUGACUCAUGCUCUGAACCUCACAUGAGAAGUCAGCAGACAAGCUUUUCAGGAGACUUUGACCAAGUAUAGUUGUGUAAUCUGGCCAAGGUCUCCUCAAACACUUAUUUCCACAGAAAUAUUGUGCAACGAUCACUCAUCUAUGCAUAGGCAAAGGAGCCUAGUGUGAGAGAGAGAAGACCUGCUGAACCUAGCAACAGCUCUCAAGAAAAAAAGAAAAUAAAAAAAUAAACCCACAAAGCCCAAGUGGCCACUUUGUGCCCAGACCUGGCCUAAUGCCACACAGUACCAGUGAUGAAAUCUGUCAAUAAUACACUGAAAUAAUUACACUGCAAGGUCAAGUACAACCUAAAUAAAGUCAUUGAAACUAAAGGCAGUUUUCCUGCUGAAUUCAGCUUUGGGCAUCAGCAUGCAUUAUUCACCAACCUGAAAGGUACUUUGAUAGGUACUUUGCACAGGACUCUAUUUUCCAUCAGGAGUGACUCGGGAUGGCAGGGCCACACAGCCCAAUCCCUGCUGAAAGCCCUGCUGCUCCCAGGACAGCUCAGCCUUGUCCUAUCUGUUCUGCAUGUCCCAGGGCUGGAGAUCAUGCAGACCUUCAGAAGACCUGCUCCAGUAUUUCAACCACGUGCACUGUGAAAAAUGUGUUCCUUGUCCUCAGCUGGGGUAAAACCCCACUUGUCCCAUUAGGUGGGAACCCCAGGAGGGAACUCCCUCCUGGCACUCUUUCCAAGGUCAGGGCUAAACACGACUAUUCUGCACAACACACUCUGACCUGUUCUGGUAGAUGCUGACAACUUACUGGGAACCAGCAGCCUUACUUAUUUUUAAGUAGUUAUUUCUAUACCCAGUGUUCCAGGAAUUGUAGUCUGUGCAAGUAUGUGCCUGAAGGAAGAGUAAGGGUGUUUGUGCUUGCACGAUGCACCACAAACUACUCCUAAGAUUGACCUUGCACAAUCUUAAAAUCAUCUUCUAAUCAGGUUCUACCACCAUCCCAAAAUAAAGAGCUUGCCAUACAGGCAUUAAGCCAACAUGAUGCUAUUUGGAGACCUUAAAAUAAAUGUAUUGAUCAGUGCAGGUGAAGGUUGUGGGUCUUUUCAUUCUGCAGAGUUGUUUCCUGUGUGACUGUGUGGAUAGAUAUCUCCACAUUUCAGCUUUGCAUCCUCUCAGCUGCAAGUGCCUGCAGGAAAACGUGAACAAAUCUGUGCUAGCAGUUGGUUUUUCAUUUAGCAAUUACUUGUUGAAGUCUACUCAGCCUACUUGAAGUCUCUCGGCUGUAGAGUGAUGUAGAGUAUUUGUAAAGAACCUGGAGGGCUUUUCUUUUCCUUUUACAUUCCAGACAUGAAAAACCAAAAGACAAAAAGUAUGCCUGAAUGCUGUCUUGUUUAGCCUUCUGUCUUCAGGAGAACAUCUGCAACACAUUAAUGCAAUCCAAAAUUUCACAACCUCUUAUUUAUAGAUCUCCAUCCAUUUCAAGUUUUACAAUUGAAAGGAAACCAGCUACUUAAAAAAAAAACAAACCCAAGUAUCUGAACUUUCAAUACCCUCAAGGCAUAAACUUAAAUUUCUCAAUUGAGUACACUUGUGUUUCACAGCUUUUUACCUUCUCCUACCCAUUCUGAAGCUAAUUGCGCUCUUAAUCACAGCUGAAAGUGCUAAUGCUCUGGGGUUUGGUUCUUCUUAAGGUAAAUGAAAGUUCAGUUUUAGCUCCUUGGAGUGGAUCUACUCCAAAUUCUCACCAUCUUGCAGCUCUAUGAUUAAUUUUACCCUGUGUUUUUUCUUUUCUCACAAGGAUGAGAUAAUUUUUCCUAUUUAUUUUACAUUUUGGGAAGAUCUCUGAAGUAUUUCUGCAUCCUGUCUCCAUGCGUAAAAAGGUACGGACAAUUUGAGGCUAUUUGGAAGCACCUCAUAGCUUUUAAUUUGCUUUCCUGUUUGUUGUUUAUUGAAUCAUCUCUAAGGAAUGUGCCUUUAAGUAUGAUCUGCGGGUUUUGCAUUUCUGUUUUGUUGUUGGUCUCGUUUGAUACAGUCUGUUUUAUAAAACCUUUAUGGAGGUUAAAUAACCACUUAAUGCACUGUCAUGAAAGAAUUGGCUCUCAAUUCAUUUCAAGAAAGGAGACACUUAACAUUGUAUUGCCCAGUAGGUUGAUGAAAUUAUCAACUUUAUUCACAGACAAUUCCUGAACUCUGUGACUUCCCACACAUUUGUGUGUACACACGUUUUAAUUAUAGCAUACUGGUGCUAAAUUUACAGCAUUAGAUACGUGUGUUUUUUCUUUGGAAAACAGUGUUUUCUACCCAAAAAGGUUUUUUAUUGUUCACAUUUGAACUGUGCUGUUAACAUCUGAUAGUUCUUGAACACAAUUUGCUUCUUUAAACUGUUAAGGAGUUAAAGCUUAAAAAACAAACUUUGGU